CUACAGUACGUAUUAGAAGUACGGUACCUUGGAAAAAGUGAUUCUAUGAAGCUAAGUGACGAGUACAGUACGGCAUGUAUCAGCAAAUCUGAAAUUCAUUGUCUACAACACAAUCGAUGUGAUCGAAAUACUUGGCUUUCUUUACAAGUACAUAUUCAUGAGGUGAGGCAGAUGAUUGGACUUUUCCUUCUUGAUCUCUCCGUAUUCAUCAUUCCAUUCCCAAACUCUGGCAAGCUCUCGCCCCUUUUCCGAUACACUACGCUUCAGCUUGCUCAACGCAGUAUCGAAAUCGUUCACUGUCACCGGACGCAAUCUUUGCAACGAUCCCUCUGUUACGUCCUCUGGGACAUCUACAAAACCUUUGUCCAGUAGUCGCGCUUGUUCGUGACUAAUUUGAACAACUGCUUCUCUGCAGACCUCUUUGAUAUCAGAUCCAGUGUACCCCUCGAGGCGCUCGGCAAUCUGAGUCAAAUUCACAGACGGAUCAAGCCGAUUUUCUGCUAGUGUCACUUCAAGAAUUUCUGAUCGCGUUUCUAAAUCGGGAAGAUCGACAAGAAUUCGACGGGGGAAACGUCGGAGAACAGCUUCGUCAAGGUCGAACGGUCGGUUGGUUGAACCAAUCACAACUACUCUAUCACCACUGCCGUUUGUUCCAGAAUUCAGACCGUCCCACUCACUCAUCAUUGUCGUUUUGACACUUGUUAAAGUCCCGUGUGCCGAAUCAUCAGAGCUACCCUCGCGACUUGAGAGUAAACUGUCAACUUCAUCAAUAAAUACAACGCAAGGCGCUAGCCUUCUAGCCAAUGUAAACACAGCCUUGGCGUUCUUUUCUGACUCACCAAGCCAUUUAUUCUCGACUGAAGAAGCAUCGACACUAAGAAAACUUGCACCUCCUUCAGUCGCUACCGCCUUCGCAAGCAUUGUUUUCCCUGUUCCUGGUGGCCCGAACAAAAGAACACCCUUAACUGCUUCUCUAGCAAUGCCUUCACUGUAAAGGUGAGGGAAUUUUAGAGGGUAAGUAAUACUCUGGCGAAGUAGCUCCUUCACGUUGGACAAACCACCAACCAUGUCGUAUGUAACGCCAAUGUCUUGAGGUGAGACCACUUGAGAAACGAGUGCUCGUUCAUGCUUGUCUUGGGCGAGAGCCAUGAUUUCAUCUUUUGUUCGAUGCGAAGCUUGAGCACUAGAAAGCGAAAGACCACCGGAGGGUGAUGGGCUUAAGUGGCACUUCAUGGAGAGGGCACUUUCAAGACUUGACGGGUGGAUAUAUUGGACACUUGGAGUCUUGUUAUUCAUGCCGUUCACUGAAAGUGAGUCGACAGUUUCAUCCUUAGACUCAACAGACCCAUCUUCUGUUACCAGCAGCUGACUCAGCGAAAUAUCCACAUCCAACGCCAAUUCUUUUUCAUGGGUCUGGUCCGAAGUUUCGCUUUGACGUAAAGACUUCGCUGCUUCUAGUUCUACUGCACAUUUUACCGCAUCCACAAUUUCAGCAGAAAUGUCGCGCACACUCAUCAUUUGUCGCAAAGCCGAACCUGCUCCCCGGGUACCCGUAUGCUGUUCUAUUGCAAGAUUUCGAGAGGUCAAUUCUUCGUUCAAAAACUUUCUAUUCUGACGAAAAAUCACUGCUCCGCGUUCACGAGUAAUCCAAUGGUUCCAAGACUUCGCUCGGACUGGAUCCUGUGGCAAACCGACAGGAAUUGGACGGCAUAUGGAUUCGAGUUUUGCCAGGUUUCUUCCCGCCUUAUUUUCAGAAGACUUGUCUUUACCCUUUGGAUGUUUUGCCUUGCUUGCAGCCAUCACGGCUGCUGCUGCUGCCAUCGUCCUAACUCUUUUUUGCCUAUUCUUUUGAUCAGAAUCCUCGUUGUUGCCAUCUGAGUUUGCCUCUUGAUUGCUCAAGAUUUUUUGGAACCACCCUCCCAUGUUGUUUUGUUGGUUGGCUUGGCGGCCCUGUGUCCCAUUCUGUGGUCCCGGGAGCUGUCCUCUAUUCAUGUGGUGUGGGGGUGGUGGCACGUAGACGCUCAACAUGACACCCUGGCAUUUGGGAUCGGACAAAGCAGGUGCAGCGCGUGCUAGAUUCUCUGCAAUACCACGUCUUAGAUUUUCACUUCGAAGAACUUGUGCAAAAGCUUUCUGCAAGUCCGGAGAAAUUUCCGAUUGAUUGGGAUUGCUUUCGUGUGACAUUUUUGAUAUCCGGUCCAACAGCUCUGACAUUGCUUGUUGCAAUACUUGUUCGACGACUUCGGGUGGCGGUGAAAUCGAUGAUUGCUCCCCAUCUUCAUCUUCACUGGUAUAAGCCAAACUAGCAUUGAAAAACUGCGGAGGGGGGAUGACUGCAUCUUUACCGGCAUUGGUUUCCAUGUGCUCCUGCAACAUGUGAGCCCACUUCUCUAGUUCGGCUCGGGCAGGAGAGUCUUCGUCUUCGUGUUGAAGGCGUUCGCGUGCCUGGAUUGCCAUCAUAUGAGGAAAAAGAUUUCCUGCCUGUGGUGAAGCGAUGGCCCCAAGAAUUCCAGGCUGUUGAUUUUGAUCUAUGGUUCGAGACAAAAAUAUGUUGAAUCUUUGAGAUCCCUCUGGAUCGUUUUGACCCGAAGCGUUUGGAUUUUGGUUGGAAAACCCGAAAAACGGCGUAGAGUUCUCGGUAUCUCCGAGCGUGUUCUCUUCUUGGUCUUGAGAAUUUUCAAAUUCUUCCGUUGGAAGAGAAGAAGUCGUUGCAUCUAUUCCUUUACCGAGAGUUACGAGGUGAAUGCUGUCGUUUGAAGCACAUUCAUUGAUCAGUAAUUCCAUUGCCGAUUUCGACUUCAGCAGAUUUGUCGACGUGUUUGUACGGAUGAAAAUAAGCAAGGGUAGUGGUUUUUUCGACGGCUUCAAAGACGAGCUACCUUGUAGUUCCUUCCUCCAUUCUUUCUCCCACAUGGACAUGUCGUCGCAACUUAUGAUCGCGCGUUCAUCGUAUGGAUCAUCAAGGCCAAGCAAAAUAUCGCGCUUCAUACAAGCAGAAAUGGAUCCAGAAUUCUCGCCUUCUUUCAGCUCCCCUUGACUUGCCAAGGACAACAGUGAUUUGAUCAAAGCCGCAGGCUUCAUCUCCCCGUCUGACAAGCCACAGUU